UGACCAGCCCCCCAGCCAGUCUAUUUGCGAUCUCAAGUCUCUUGUUCGUUAAAAACAAGGUCACGUCAAAUUCUCCCUUUCAAAUAGGUACUCAAGUCUAGUCUAGGCUAUUCAUGCACGUCAAGUUUCUGUAUACAAGUUUCUGCACAGAACAACAACAUGGCCGAGAUUACCUACUCCGCCACGGCCGCGGAACAGCUUCGGGACAAGGUCGUCGUCAUCACAGGAGGAGCACAAGGAAUCGGGGCCGCAACCGUGACUCUCCUUCACGCUCUAGGAGCACACGUAUUCUUCGGGGACUGGGACGCGCGGCACGGGACGCAGCUCGAAGCGGACCUUCACUCCGAAAAGGGCAAGGGCAUCGACAGCCAUGGCGCCGGGACAGCCCACUUCACCCAGGUCGAUGUGCGCAAUUACCAGUCACAGCUGGCUCUGUUUGAUGCAGCACACCAAAAGCACGGCCGGGUAGACGUGGCCAUCUCCUGCGCGGCCGUCAAGGAGCCCUCGGGCUGGUUCGAGCCCGAGUCUCUGGACCUCGCAACCAUUAGGACGGAACCCGUCCCCAUCACGUCGGCGCUCGACAUCAACCUGACGAGCGUGGUGCACUUUGCUCGGCUGGCGCUGGCCUACAUGAAAGAAACCGAGACUACACCCCCCUUGUCACUAGGCUCAGCCCCCUCCAAAUCCAUCGUGCUGGUCUCGUCCAUCGCCGGCAUCACGCCGGCGCCGGGCUUGUUCGCAUACGCGGCGGCCAAGCACGGCGUAGUGGGGCUGAUGCGGGCGCUGGCGCCGUGGACGCCGCAUCAGUUCGCCGGGCUGCGCGUCAACGCCAUCUGCCCGUGGGCGACGGCCACGCAGCUGCUGCCCGGCGCCCUGCGCGACCGCUGGACCGCCGAGAAGAUGCCGCUCAAUACCCCCGCCGACGUCGCGCGGUUCAUCGUGCAGUGCGCUGCUGACGGUGGAAUCAAUGGCAAUGCUGUCUUCGUCUCGGGCGGCAGGGGGUUCGAUACUGAGGCUGGCGUCGAGCGCACGCAGCCUCUGUGGAUGGGGGAGGAGAAUUCGGAGCAGUUCCAGAAGGGUCAGAGGAUACUGGGCUUGGGGGGUGAUUGGUGAGGUUAGGCACAAAGGAACAGCUGUACAUCAGCUCACAGAGCCAAUCUCAACUAAUUCCAAUUCGGACUGAUCAAUGCGGUUUACUAGCAAGUUGAAAGUAAAGCUGCACCAGCAAGAACGCCAAGUCCGUGUAACCCGGCCCAGCUUCCCUAUGUCGGUUUCAAUUCAACCCGCGCGGCUUCAAGCUUGGAACUCGCGUCGGUCAGUCCCAUAAGUACCGUCCAGGACUGUCUGCUGACCUCCAUGGAUAGUAAGCUCGAGGCCGCGAGGGGAAG